AUGGAGACCAUCAGCAACCUCACUGCCGCCGCCUCCAAGGCCGUUUGGGGAGACAGCCAAACUACCAACAAGGAGCCUGUCUCUGGAGUCCAGGGUGACACCAAGCAGGGCGAGCCCUACGAUGCCGGCAACCUGGAAACUCCCCAGCAAGAAAAGGUGGCACAGAACUUUGGAAGCCACGGUGAGGAACGAGCAACCGGCCUUGGACAUGACGCCCCCGUCUCGAAGCCCACCGAGACAACAAACGCCGCUUCAGCCACACCUUCAGUUCCCGCACCCAAUCCUCACUCAAAGGACACCUCUGCCGGCCAGAACGACACCCGCGACCCGGCGCAGGCGGACAAGGGCAACAAGGACCUCCACAACGUAGACGACACCUCUGAGGGCACCGAUGUCAAGCUCGGCGAGGGCCCUGGACCUCAGCCUAUCGAGAAGCUUGCCAAGGAGCAUGGUGGUGAUGCAGGAAAUGCUCCUGUUGAGGGAACUUCCAACAAGCCUACUGAGGUUGGCUCCGAGGGAGCCACAGAGUCAUCCAAGUCCGAGAAUCAACCUCAUGACCCCAAGGAGGACGAGUAUAUAACUGCUAGCGGUUUUGCUGCCGAUGGUGGUGACUUUGAUGCUUCCAAGCCUGGUGCUGGACGUGAAGCUGACCGCCUGAUGGAGCAAAAGGGCAUUCAUCUUGGCGAGAGCGGAAGCCCAGAUCACUCCAAGACCGAGUCGCACUCCAGCGGCAAGCACCACAGUUCUCCUGAUGAGAAGAAGGACAAGCCAAACAUCGGCGAGCGCAUCAAGGCCAAACUCCACAAGCACUAA